AUGGGCGACGUCUCGCUCAUCCCCGAGGAAAUGUGGCCACAUCUACCGUCCCCACGGUGUGCCUUCGUCGUGCUCGACUGUCUGCGCCCCACGCUCUACACGAGCCAUAUCGACCCCGGUCAAGCCAUAGAGACCGCACGAAAGAUCAAGUUGGCCAGGCCGUGUCUGAUUGGAUUCGCUCAUGAGAUACCCCAUGACGAGUACGCGCAUAUGGGGAAGACAUUGGGCGCGGCGACGGUUGGACGGGCUGGUUUGAGGGAUACGGAGAGGAAGUGCUUGGAUCAAGCUGAGGACGAGAAGGUUUGGGUACAGCUCUCACACGACGAUUGA